CGCAAACAAACUCUCUUCCAAGUUCGAAGCCCUCUUCCGACCUUCACCCGCCGUCUUCUCCAAUCCGCCGACGAUCUUCCUCAGCAUUGUGAUUGAAGUACCACAAUUGCAAUGACAAUGCCGUGCUAUCCGAUGCAACACCACCAUCACAAGGUUGCUACGAACAACACAGCUCGUUGUAACUUGAAGUUCAAAGUAAAUCCCGAGGCUAAUGUUCCAGAGAAGCCAUCUCCCAAGCGGGGCCCGGAGAUGUCCGUUGAUGAUCAAAGGUGGAAAAAGCAGAAGAUGGACUGCAAUGUGAAAGUCGAGUGCAGUAAUCUUUUGAAAGUAUUUAUGGAUCGUAGAUUAGCAUGGGAGUUCGCUAGGCCAUUCGAUCCAGUGAAGACUCCUCCUGAUUAUUUCAAGAGGAUUAAGAAUCCAAUGGAUUUAGGAACAAUAAAACGUAAACUGGAGAGGAAUAUGUACUCUGCUGCAAAGGAAUUUGUUGAUGACAUGUUGCUGACUUUUGGGAAUGCAAUGACGUAUCACCCUCCUUCGUCUGAACUUCAUCGCAACGCAAGGCUAUUGGAUUGUAAUUUCAGGAGGAGGUGGGAAAUAUUGGCUGCAAAAAUGAAGCUAGUUGUAGAAAACAAUCACCAAGUUGCUGGUCGGAUAGAGGUUCCCAAAGGUGAAAACCGUGGCAAGUCAAGGCGCGUAUCACUAGAGAAAAAACUGAAGCUCGAACCAAGGGUUAAGAAUGAAAAAAAGCACUAAAUGGCUGCACAUUUUUUAGCAAAACGGCUGACAAAGGUGUGAAUCGAUCGAUGUAAAGAAGCAACUAUUGAUGCUCGUACUCGUGGGGCUGUUCGCAAUGAAGAUAAAAGGCCUUGUUCAACCUCUGUCACAACUUCUGUAUCAUGCUGAAUGUUUGAUCUUGUGUUCCACUUUUAUGCAUUGAGCAAACUACUGAAACUUAGUAAAACGUUCAAUUAGUAUUUUUUUAAGAUCGUAGAAGCGUUAAGCUAUGGA